AUGAGCACGAUUGACGAUACCUCCACUCCCAUGAAAAUGAUGACGGAAGAGAACGAACUACAGAAGAAGCAGCUUCAGCAGCAGGUGGCUACUUCCUCACCAGAAACAGCACCCACCGCUGAGCCUUCUUCGCCAUCCUCCUUCUUGAUGACACCAGUGGCUUCCCCAAUGAAAGUGCACUCCAGCAAUCCGGGACUUUCGCCACUGUCAGCACUGAUAGAUACAGACGACAACAUGGCUGCUGGUGGACACAAAGUAAGUGUUAAGUACAGCCAGCAAAUGGAUAUGAAUCCAAGAGUGAACCUAGUACUGAGACUGCCGCUCAUCUUGUUAUUGCUCACGAUUCCUGCGUUUGAUUCCUUUGUUUUCGUCCUUUUGUCUAACAAUGGCACACCACCAAUCAUGAACACAAUAACCCACCAGAAAUGGCACAAGACGGUUCCCAUCGAAACGGACUCUACACGCCCGACCAAAUCAUUGCUUGCCCAAAUCGAAGCGAGUCGAGCCAUACAAGAUAGAUUGCGACAACACCAACAACACCAGCCCAGCAGAAUGGACUUUAGCACAACUGCAUGUCCUUACCUUGAAUCGACACAAACCUUGCAAACUCCAAAUGGACAGUUCUCUAUUUAUGGGGAUCAUCAGUCUCCCUAA